AUGCCCAUACCACUCCUCCCAUCGUCCCAAGUCACGAUACCCUCGACCGAAGACCCCGGCUCGCCGAUCGACCCCAACGCGUCGUUCAAGACGGAAAUGAACGACGACCGAACCGAUACCGAUGCAGCCAUCAUUCCUUCUUCCCUCACACCCCCUCCCUCCUCUCAAGCAGUGGCCAUGGCCAAUACCAACGCACAUCCCGCGGUAUCGAGCUACAUCACCGCGUCGCAGCGGUCGGCGCUGUUCUCGCCGCCCACGACGGUGGCCAGGAUACAUCGCCCGUCCGUGGGACCCGGCUCCACCGAGUACAUCGCGCCGAGCCCGCAAGAAGUACGGGAUGCGUCCGCCGACACUCUCCGCGCCAUGAUGCAGCAGUCAAUUGCGGAAAACUCGAGGCUCAAGAUGGAGGCGGCUCACUACAAGCUGCAGCUUAACCUUUUGUCGCUACAGGCUGGCGAAGACGCGAAGCGGGCGGUGGUGGAACACGACAUGGCCAGGCGCGAGGUCGAGGCCCUGCGGGAGGCCGAGAAUAUACGUCAAGCGCGGAGGGAGCUGAGUGCGGCGACGGAGUCGACGAGAUCCAAGUACCUACAAAUCAAGAACCUCUACGAGGAUGCGGUGGAAGAAAUUGACCACCUGGAGAGGAAACUCAAGCUGGCCAAGAAGGUGAUUCAGCAACAGGAGGACGAAGUCUGUCGGUUACGCGAGGACCGCCAGCAGCUCAGGACACGGAUCCGCGAGAACCGCGAGCACUUCAACAUGCUCUGCAGCCCCGGAGGCAUCUUUCACGGAGUGCUAACACCCAAAGGGUCCAGCACCACAAACUCACAGUCGCAGCAGAGCAAGAGCACGCCCAAGCAGACGCCACGCGGGGCAGGCAAGACGCAAGAUCCCGACCAGAGGCGGUUCGACGCUCUCUUGCAAGUCCUGAGCCAAGAGAACAACAGCGCGCCCUCCACACCCACCACGGCGCACCGCCCGGUCCCGCGCCAACCGCCCAAGCACACGCGCAACGUGCAAUCGCUCUCUUCCCUGCCGACGACGCCCACGAAACCCCGCGGGAGGGAUGCCGCCCUUCUACCCUCCGUUCGCCUAGCACCCCAAACCGAACCCCCGCGCGCUGGCGUCGGUGCAAAGGCCACGUCGACCCUCUCACGCCUGUCCGGCGCGGGAUCCCGAAUCGCCGUGCACGAGGAGGACGAAGAGUCGGACGUGCCGCAGAGCCAGGCGAGUUUUACGGCGUCGCAGAUGCUCCGUCGCGACCAGGGCAAGAGCUUUGGCUCGGCCGCCGGGGAUGGACUGCGCCGCCACGAUAGCGGUGGCCAGCAGGGAGCGGUGGCGGACAAGCUGCUGCCCGCGGGGCUCGACAAGGGAGGAGACAAGCGCAAGUUUAGCGGGAUGAGCGGGGCGGUGGAGGCGAGGCGGGAUUUGGCGGGGAGCCCGCCGAAGAAGGUGAGGGUUGAGGGAUUGGCGGAUCCGGCCAAGGUUGGGCUGGGGAUCAAGUAUCCGUGA